AUGAGCAACUGCCUGCUGGAUCUUUCCAUGGCUCUCUAUUUUUCACUUGUUUUUCUGUGGACAUGGCUCUCACAAAUCUAAAGAUUUCUAGCAUUCAGGAACAGAUGGAUGAGAUGUGCACAAUACCUGCUGGAAGAGCUGAUGGUGUUUACCUGAAACCACUGCAGCAGCUUUAAAAGCAUUUCUCCAAGUUUACUUUUCAAAUUUCUUGGACUGAAUUUUCCUAACUUCAGGCUCAUUUUAGAAGCUACAGGAGGUGUGGAUUCUACCUUCUAAUCCACAUUUUUUUUCUUUCACUUGCUCAGCCGUCACUGUCCGUCACUGUCAUGAUAUCCCAUUCCCUCUUUCUAGGGUUUCAUAAUGCUUUGGGAUCUCUGCGAGGUCUCGCUCUCAUUCAGAAGCUGGGCUGAAUUUCAUCCCUCUGUUAAAAGAAUAAAGGGCAAUGAAAGCAGCUUCAGGAUGAGUUAGUACUACGUGUUUGUGGAGAGGAUGGGAGCUCAGUCAAACAGAACCUGGAAAUAAACUGAGCAUUAGGUGUGAGCUGCGCAACUUUUGUUGUUAGGGUUAUACUUACGAGUUGUAUUUGAAUGUAUUGAUCACAAUCAUGGGAAACGCAGCUGGAAGUGCUGAUAUUUCCCAGGGAAGGGAUCUUAAGGAGACCACAAUAACCAGCCCGGAGUCCGCUGGGCCCCAGAAGCAAACGGCGGGACUGAAGCUUCCGAUGCCGCCUGACAACGAGCUGGAGGAACGCUUCAACGCUGCACUGUCCGGGUUCAACCAGGUGAUGGAGCACCCAAGCUGCGUCAACGAGAUCACGCUCAGCCUCAAUGACAGGAACCCCAGGACCAAAGCCCUGGUGCUGGAGCUGCUGGCAGCUGUUUGUUUGGUGAGAGGAGGCCAUGACAUCAUCCUGUCCGCCUUUGACAACUUCAAAGAGGUGUGUGGAGAGAAAAGGCGCUUCGAGAAGCUAAUGGAGUAUUUUCAGAAAGAAGAAAGCAACAUUGACUUUAUGGUGGCCUGUAUGCAAUUCAUCAACAUUGUGGUCCACUCGGUGGAAAACCUGAACUUCAGGGUCUACCUUCAGUACGAAUUUACCCAACACAGCCUGGAUUCCUACUUGGAGCAGUUGAAGUUUACAGAGAGCGACAGGCUGCUGGUCCAGAUCCAAGCCUAUUUGGAUAACGUGUUUGAUGUGGCAGCUUUGCUGGAGGAUGCAGAGACCAAGACCACCCUGCUGGAUCACAUAGAGCAGCUGCAGGAGCUCCACACGCAGCUGAGCUCCAAGUUCCAGGAAACCGAGAUGGGGGCGAUGCAGAAAGUCUCAGAGCUGGAGAAGAAGCUCAUUCAGAUCUGCAAAGAGGUGGACCCCUUAAAGCAGCCAGAUCAAGCAGGAGACGGACGUAGUUCCUCUGAUGAGCUGAAGGAGCUGGAGCUGAGGGUUCAGGCUCUGGUGGAGCAGGGCCUCCUUCGAAUGGACCACGCCCCCUCUGGUGAGCUGGUCCUUGAGGUGGUCCAGCGGGAGUCACAAAGAGACACCGUCAGUGAUCAAAUAGACAGUACUUCCAUCACCCCACAAUCUCCAACCACAGAACUACCGAACUUUCAACCUCCCCCGCCACCGCCGCCGCCUCCUCCCCCUCCACCACCGCCUUCUGGAGGYGCUGKGGCGCAGCAGACAGUGGGGGGCUCAGACAAACAGAAGAAGCCCAUUCAAACCAAAUACCGCAUGCCACUGUUCAACUGGGACGCUCUGAAAUUAGACCAGGUGGAGGGAACAGUCUUCGGCGAGCUGGACGACCAACACGUCUUGCAGGAGCUGGACAUGGAAGCUUUCGAGGAACAGUUUAAGACCAAAGCUCAGGCCCCUCCGGUAGAUCUGGGCACCCUGAAGAAGAAAAUGGCCAGGAAGACUCCCAGYAGAGUGUCCAUAAUGGAGCCCAACAGGGCCAAAAAYCUGGCCAUCACGCUGCGCAAGAAACGCGUGGCUACAUCAGACAUCUGCAGCGCCAUAGAGACGUACGACCAGCAAGCUUUGAGUCUGGACUUCCUCGAGCUGCUGGAGCGUUUCAUCCCCACGGAGUACGAGAUGAAGCUCAUCCAAACCUACGAGAGCGAAGGUCGGUCGCUGGACGAGCUCAGCGAAGAGGAUCGCUUCAUGGCGCGCUUCGGCAAGAUCCCGAGGCUUUCCCAGAGGAUCAGCACGCUGACCUUCAUGGGAAACUUCACGGAAAGCAUCCAGAACAUCCAGCCUCAGCUGGAUGCCAUUAUCGCAGCCUCAAUGUCUGUCAGAUCGUCCAUGAAGCUCAAGAAAAUCUUGGAGAUAAUUUUGGCGUUUGGAAACUACAUGAACAGCAGCAGGCGAGGGCCRGCGUACGGCUUCCAUCUGCAGAGUUUAGACCUGCUACCGGACACUAAAUCAACAGACCGCAGACAUACGCUGUUGGAYUUCAUCGUCAGGAUCAUCCGGGAAAAAUACCCGGACCUGCAGAAUUUCUACACUGAACUGCAAUUCCUGGACAAGGCAGCGCUCGUUUCCUUCGACAGCAUCCUGAGGAAUCUGAAAGCUCUAGAAAGAGGCAUGGAGCUGACCAGGAGCGAGUUCUCUGCAGAAGAGGAGAACCCUGUCCUGAAAACGUUUCUGGACACCAACGCGCCGCUUCUCGACUCUCUGAAGGCCGAAGAAAAGACUGCCCAGGAUACAUACGAGUCGGUUGUGGAGUACUUUGGAGAAGAUCCCACAAUGACACUGCCCUCUGAGUUCUUCUCYGUUUUUAUCCGGUUCAUCAAAGCGUACAAGCAAGCUGACCAGGACAGCAAGGAGACGGAGAAACGACAACGUCCAGCUUGUGACGAUCACUCCGCUCCUCCCAAACCUGAGCCUCAGAGGAACACGAUUUCUAUUAUGUGCAGACAGCCUCAGAUGGAUCUGAUCGCAGAGCUGAAGAGGAAGCAGGGGUCUCCUCCGGUGAGGGAGGGGAAAGACGGCGCUAUCGAGGACAUCAUCACAGCUCUUAAAUCUGCGCCCUUCGCGGCUCGCUCAGCCAAACGCUCCUCUCAUCUCUUGUGCGACUCAUUCUUCAGCGAUGAGGUGACAUCUUCAAACUCCGAGCACUACUGUGUUAUAGACAGAAGAAUAUGUCCUGGGUAAAAACUGUGAUGUAACGCAAACAUUCGGAAGCCUCAGAGAUAUGGAUAAUUGUCACAAUUUAAAUCAAACUGAUGUUGACUUACAAUCUCAGCAGGAGUUUCAGAAACUCCACUGAAGCAUCUGGCUCAAGGAGGACGAGUUUGUCUACAGGGUUUCCUCUAGAGACUUCGGCUCCUCUGAAUCAUCUGAAAGCGUCUGCAGGAUACAAGUCCCCGUUGGUUCCUUUAAACUUAAAAAUAUACGUAGCGGAGUUUAAGGCCUGCAAAAAAAAACAGCACAUUAAAUGAGACUCAGUUUUUCUACAACAAGAGGCAGACGUGUUCUUUAAAUCUGUACUUUUAAAAUCGAGAAAUAAUUCCUCCAUGAUGAGCCAUAGAAAAAUCUGGUAUCCAACAGUUUAACCAAAUAAGUCAUCAGUGGACAAAAUAAUCAAAGUUUUGGCAGAAGUAAUUUUAAACUAAGUGGGGACACAGUAUUAUUCUAGCUGUAAUGCAACACAACAUGUAGGACCACAUGAAGAUUUACCCUCYAAUUCAGUUCUUCACAUCGGUUUUCAUCAAUUGUCAAAUUAAAAACAAUUGAAUGAACUAUGAAUGAAUUGAAUCAGAAGUGAUUUAGAAGAUACUAAAGUCAGCAACUUUUCAUUGCUCUGCACUUUUAAUUGAUUUUCAACAUAGUUACAAGAAAACUUUUUUUUUU